AAAAAAAUCGGUUGGUACCGACGCCAUCUUUUUUAGUUUUUAUUUCCUCCGUUGUUUGUGGUGUUUUACACUUGCGAUUUUUAUUGUGUUUAUUGUUUUGUUUUAGAAGUUAUUAGUGUAAUAAUCACUAUUAGAAGCUCUUGUAUUUUACUUGAGUAUGAUCUGUUUAUUUUUAGUGUUGAAACGUUAUUCUUGACAGAGCAGCAAUGUCUGGCGGUCAGCUAGUAGUGCUGGACCGGCUGGGUCGUGAUGUGAAGCGGUACCCGCUGGCGGAGGGGCUGGCGACGCUGGGCAGUGACCCUGCCUGUGAUAUUCGCGUCAUGCUGCCCUCUGUCUGCCCGCACCAUGCCACUGUUGUCGUGCAUGCUAACCAGACGGUGGUGCGCAACGUGAGCACCGGCGAGACGCUCGUGAACGGGCGCGGCGUGAGCGUGGCGGCGCUGCGCCACGGCGACGUGAUCGCGCUCGGCGGCCGCCAGCUGCGCUGGGAGUACGCCGCGCCGCGUGCCGGCGCCGGCGCCGCGCCGCCGCUGGCCGCCGUGCCGCGCGCCGGCCGGCCGCGCCGCCGCCCGGCGCCGCGCCGCGCCAGCGGGCCCGCGCCGCCGCCGCCGCGCUCGCCCGGCCUGCAGCUGGCGCUCGAGAUGCGCCACCGCGCCUCCAUGCCAGCUAACACUGGCGGUAAACAAGUGGCAAUUGUACAACCGCAAAGGAGAGACACCACUGACCUUAAUGACCAACACAGUUCAUCGCGCUCAUACGCACAGACAAGUAAGAGACCGAGAAACUCUAAUAACGAACUGGACGCUUCCAUCAAUUCAGACAGUGACAAGUCCAAGCGUAAGUGUAGCGCGAGGCCGAGCGCUAAGAGUCCCGUGGCGAGUCUGCAGGGGACCACGAAGGCGACGCUGUGGAUCGAAUCGCGGAAGACGAGCCCGAGGAAAAGUGGCAGAGUACAGACUCCGGCGCAGGCGCAGGCCGCCGCCAGGACCGCGCCCGGCAGGCCGCACAGCGCGCACAAAGUCAAGGUCACGAAGAUUGAAGAACCAUUAAAAAUUGAUCACACAAAACAAGCAGCCAUCAUGUUGAUGACAGGUCAUACACCCAAAAUCAUUCCGAGUCCUAAAAACGCUAAGAAAACUCCUAAGACGCCCACAUAUCUUGUGAAGAAGCCAAGCCCGGUUCGUAAGACUCCGCACAGCGGCCGCAAACGGAGCUCGAAGGAGGCAGCGGGAACUCCUAAGACUAGAGUGUCAAGAAACACAAUUACACCUAAAAGUACUGUAUCAUCAAACAGAAGUAGCAGACGAACGAGAAAUUCUGAGAUUGAUCAAUUAGUGUUCCAGUCGCCAUUGCUGCCGACUCCUAAAAAGUCUGCGCUCAAAGACCCUUCUGCAAAGAAAAGCACCAGGAAAACAGAAUCUAUCAAAUUUGACUUGAGCAACUUGGAGAACUAUAAUGAAGAGUCACAGGAUGUGUUUAUGGUCAGCGACACCACUUCGAGAAACGACGCGGGCAGUUCUUAUGGAGAGGAUAACUUGACGUUACGUUAUUCUGAUACAUCCACUAUACAGUCUCCAUCUCCAAGAAAAUCGAUUCACUCCCGAAGCAGUAAGAUUCUUGAAAGGACCUUGGGGACACCUAUAAAGGAAUCCAAAACUUCGGUCUCGUUCCAACAAAGUACGUUGACGCCCGAGUCACCGCGCGCUAGAAAGUCGUCACGCGGAAGCGUUAUACUCGAGAAAGCUCUAAGAACUUCUGAGAAUGUAGAAACGAGUACCAGAUAUUCACAAAGAACUACCAAGUCCAUAUCAGAUGAAAGCUACAAUACAACUGUUGCGUCCGCAUUCCAAACUAGAACGCUGAGUCCCCGUUCGCCCAGUCGGAACAAUUUAGAAUCUUAUUCUAUUGUAGAUCUUGUGUCCGUAGAUUCUAGUCCAUCUGUUAGGUCUUCUUCAGUGUACAAUUCUGUUCGGAGUACAAACAGCGGCGCUUUUGGCACUCCUCAAAGUAAUGUAAGGAAAACUAGAUCUACCAGUGACCCAGUUUUUUUGAGCUCGAGUACGCCGUAUCUUGGGAAAAGUGCACGUGCAUCGACCUCAAGGUCUCAGUCGACUUCCAAUAUAUCUCGUAAUCGGUCUAUAAAAGAUGACGUUUCUGUAUUGUCGACAAGAAGCAAUAGAAGGUCGAAAUCACUGACAACACCGGAAAACGCACAGAAGUACAUCCCAGUUAAUAGCACAAGAGUCUCUCGGCCAUCGAGGAGUCGGUCACGUAUAAAUGACAGUGAUUUGAUGCUUAUAUCCUCUGAAGACGGCACCGAAAUGGAUGACGUAUCGCCUAAGUCAUCGAAGAGAUUGAGUAGGGCCAACAAAUCUCAGUUAUUUAGUCCAGUUAACAAAAGUGGUAAAAGGAAAAGUUCAGCGAAAAUAUCACCACGCAAAAGUCCUAAAAACAAUGAAGGCAUAAGUACUCCGGAGAACAGAAAUAGUCCUGAAGAAGUAGGAACACCUGUCCUGAGUAUACAAAGUUUGUUAGAUUCGAGUCAAAGCUCUUUGACGUCGCAAAGUUCUCGGAAGUCCCAGAAGAAAGGUCGCUCGUCAAUUAUUGUUAAAAGAAAAACCAUCGGCGUUAUUCCCUCAGAGCAGCCGAAGAGAGGUCGCGCGGUCGCUCUGUCUAAAUCAUUGAGCUUUGGGUCCAGAAAACGUCGCUUUAUUAAGGACUCGUUGGCAACUUCUGGUAAAACAGAUGGAGGCGCUACAGCUCCAGAUACUGAAGAAAUUGUAACUCCAAAAAGUGCUGUGAAACUGGUUCAGGAAGCUGUCAAAAACAAACACUCUACAGCUAAAAAACCUCAGUCGAAACGAUCUAUAAUCGAUGACCUUAAUGCGUCGGAUAUCGUGAAGCAAUUAUUCAAUAGUCCUGUUAAAAGGAAGUUGUCUCAAAGCAUGACGGAAUUUUCAAGAAUGCAGCUUUUUGACGAUGAUGUUGGUAUUGUUAUAACUAAGCGGCCAACGCGCAACACGGUCGCGAUAACUGGACGGACACCUGAUAACUCUUUACUGGAACAGACUGAGAGUUACUCUCCUGAAGUGUUUGUCAGUCCACUGGGCACGCCCAGCAGUAGUCCAAACUUGACCGGCAUAAAACGUUUGUUCGCUAAGCAGACUCCUGAAAAUGACUUACGUAAUGUCAGUGGCGUCAAAAACUUGUUGCGAACGCCGCGCACUAGGCGGUCGGUUAGGAAUGACUUAACACAAGUGGCAGGCGUAAAGAGAGUAUUCGCCAGAACACCUAGAAAUCGGCUUAGCGACGUUCGAGUCAAGGAGGUAUUCGUCGCAUCACCUAAAAAUGAUUUAAGGCGCGUAUCUGGAGUUAAAACUUUGUUCCGAACACAGAGGAAAAAUAAAUCGCCGAAAAAUGACUUGUCCGAUGUUCGGGGAGUGAAAAACUUAUUCAAAAGAAAUAGUCCGACCAAUGAUUUGAGGAACGUUUCGGGCGUCAAGAGAACUCUACAGAAAAGUUCUCCCAGGAACGAUUUAACCGACGUUAGAGGAGUGCGCGGAAUAUUCCGGCAGCGGCGGCGGCAGCGGGACGACUUGAACGACGUCAGCGGCGUAGAGGAGCUGUUCAACUCGUCUAGUCACUCGCAAAAAGAUGCAGACGACCCGUUCGAUCGGCUCGUAGGAAGACCGCAGAUAAAGGCCGUCUACUCCAAAACGUUUACGAAUAGUACCUCGAACGCGAAGCCGCGCAAAUCCGUUAAAUCGCUACACAUGUCGAUGGAUGCGAUAACGAACAAUGUCGAGAAGUGGCUGGAGCGAGAGCUGCACAAUCAGCUGCGCAAAGAGAAAACACCUGCAAAGGCCAACACUGGUAAGGUUAAUCUAACACGGGAGUUGCAGAAGCUGGCGACUGACACUGUGGAGGGGAACACGCCUCUCCGGCAGUGGAGAGUGCGCAGCGGCACGGUCGUAAGAAGCGCGAGUGGGCAGGCGUCGCAGCGCAAGCGGUCGGCCGCCGACAUAUACGGCGCGCACACGCUGCCCAUCAAGAAGAGGUCCCUGGUGGACGCGGCCGCGGACCACGCCAGCAACGACAGUCGCUCCAACAUGCUGCCGAUAAAGAAGCGCGCGGUGCUGCACUCGACGCCGGUGAAGGGCCGCUGCAGCGUCACCAUGAACGCGUCCGAGCUGGGCCGCGUGUCGCCCAUCGCGCUCGAUUACACGGCCAGCGUGCCUUCACAUGCUACGUCUAUACAAGGAACAGUUUUAGUAGAAACAAAAUUACCAAAAGGAAGAAGGACUACAAGAGCGAAAGCAAUCGAAAGAGUAGAGAAAAGCACUGUUAAAGUUGCUAAAUCGUCUCCAAUUAGGACUCGAGUGUCAAAACCUAAGGUAGAGAGUCCUGCAGUGAGGAACACACGAGCUCUCCGAAGGACUAAGACGAACAACUCACAAGUGAAUCAGAAAACUCGCAGAAUCUCUCUUGUUAUUACAAAGAAGCCACCGGUUUUGAGUCCUAAAUCUACAACGCGAAAAGGGAAACCUGUAAAGGAAGGUGUUCAAGAUUUACCUAAAGAGAGUCCAAAGAAAAGAUCUACCCGCCGACAGAAGGAAACGACUGUAGUGAGUGUAGUGAAAACACCAAAGAAAACUAGGGCUAAGGUGCACAGAGCUAGUGUGGCGGUGAGCAAGCCGUCGCCACUACUGAAACCACGAGCCAACACCCGGGGGAAGGGAACUGAUUUUCUCCCACAAACAGUUCAGUCAGAAUCAAAGCGGAGAACGCGUAAUACUGCAGUUCCAACCAGUGAAACAACAAAAAAUGUGAAGAAAGGUAAACAAAAGAAAGUGGAAUCUCCGAAAAAGCUUAAGCAGCCAGUGGAAGCUCGGCAAUCGAGAGCGACUAGAGGACGCCAAACUAAACUAAAUAAUUCUGAACCACAAAUAAAAAGUGGUAAAAAGGCUCAAAACAAGUCGACAACUAAGAAAGAAUCAAAGAGUAAGUUGGAAAGCCCGCGUACCAAAGGUGGUAGAGGCAAAAAAACUGUAACUAGCCCAGAAGUACGGGCAGUCAAAACUCGCGGUAAAGACAUACAAACACAGGAAACUGUAACAGAGAAGUCUAAAGCACGAGGGAAAAAGGAAUCAUCGGAUAAAAAUAAAACUCGAGGGAAGAAAUCAGAAACGAAAACCAUAGAAGCAUCACCAUUAAAGAAGGGGCGCAGAGUGACUAAAGCCCUUGUCAAUAAUACAAUAUCUGAAGGAAUUAGAACUCGUAAGAGAAAAGCAACUGUGGAGUCAGAUCCACCUAAGAAACUUAGAAAAACUAGGAGCGAAGACAUAGCAGGGAGUAAAACACAAGGUAAUAAAAUUGUAGAAACUGAAACUAGAAGUGGCCGACAGAAGAAAUCUGUAGCGAUAAGCAAUAAAGAUGUUAGCAAGGGGGUGGGUGAUGACGGCAAGAAUAAAUCUCGCUCUGCAAGGUCCAGGAAAACUGAGCAGGUGGCUGUGACUCAGGAAGAGGAAGCAAGACCAGUUAGAGGAAGAAAGACUGUACCAGUUGUGGAAACUGCUACACAAAGAGGCGGACGCAAAAGGAAAUCCGUUGCAGAGACUUCGGAUAAGUCGGUCAAAGAACCAAAUAAGCAGUCGGCGGCUAAGAGGAGCCGCAAGACGGCGGAGGUGGUCCCCGCCGCGACUGCCGCGACUGCCGCGACCACCACGCGUCCGCACACGCGGACCGCUCAAGGUACAAGAAGAACGGGCCGUGGCGGGAAGAGGUAACCCUGAGUGGUGACGAAAAGGCUAAACAAGUACAAAUUUUACAUUUAAGAUGUCUCCUGACUGUUGAUUUGUGGAGUACACACAUUAGAACUAUAAUAAGUAUCGAAUGUACAUUGUUUGUGAUACGAAUUCUUUGUGUUCCCAGUUUUAUAGGCAAUCUUUUUAUUUAACAUUACUCUGUCUAUUCGCAAAUAACUGAGGUAACUCUUGUACUUACCUCCGCCAUGUGUUAAUGAUAUUGUAUGAAUAAGACUUGCCCCAGUGUUGAUGAUGUGUAGCAAUCAUGACUUCAUUAUGUGCUUUUUCAUUCACAUGUUUGCCAAAUUAUACACGUUUAGUAUAGUUACUAAUUUCAUUUUAAACGUUUCUCUUAGUUUUUAGUACUUUGAAUAAUUAUCUUAGUGUUUAUAUUUUGAAUAGUUUUUGGGAGAGUUGUAUAAUAAAGAUGUUGUAUUUACACGUUAGUUACCACGGGAAACGACCGCGGGCACGCUAUACAGAUAUUUUGGCUCGCCUAAAAUAUACUAGUUACAUUGAGCUCAGUUCUGAAGUGCCACUUCUGUAAAUUUGUCUCUUAAUAUUUUAAUAGUUUUACGAUAUUAUUGUUUUAUGGACCGUCAUAUACUAAAUUAAUAAUGGAUUUGAUUCUAAAUAAAAUCUAUUAGAAAUUUACUUCAUAUUUGGUCCUUAGAAUAAAGAUGUCGUUGUCGAAUUAAAAUUUAAAAUUUGGGGAUAGCUUUAGAGUAAUGGCGCUUCAGAAUCGAGCCCAAUGUUUGCCGCCGCAGAGUUUGUGCACAAAUAUAUUUCUUUAUUCAAAGAAACAAACGAACAACAAAUGUGAAGCCUCUAUAGACAUCUUGUGCUUGCGGCCAGUGACAAGCGUAUAAAUCAACAUGAUAUUUUUCGGGCGCAACGUUAGUGUUGUACGUCCUCUAGCUUGUCUAUGCUAGUUUAGAAUGAAUAGAGUAUAAAACUGAUACGGCCGUAUGAAUUUGCAUACAGCCCUAGAGAGGUAGAGAGACGGUCGAGCAAGUUGACUCGAGCGCAAAGACUUAGCAGCAAUAAAUAGUGUUAAUUUUUUUUUCUAUAAGGACCCAGAACAUGAGAAAAGAUUAAUAUACAAACGCACAAGCAUUCAUACAUUUUCUAUUUAUAUUAAAAAGUUGAUCAAAGUUUUACGCCACGCGGGAAAAAUAAGCGGGAAUUAAACAGUAUCUUAUUACAAAACGCAGACCAAAGAUAAUGCUAGAGUUAGCACUGCAAUAAACCAAGGACUAAAGCAAUGCUUUUUACAGAAAAAAGUUUAUCACUAAACCGUGGGCCAUCUACAGUCUAUAGCGCCAAAAAUACCUAGUUUUACUGUGGUUCAAGACCAAAUAUUUAUUUUUGAGAUUACGAUCACUGCUGCGAUAAGAUGAAAAAAGAAAUAUUCUUUCGCCUUUUAAAUAUUAUCCAUAGAUUUUUUUCUAAAUUAUAACUUCUGUCUGAUAGAUUGUGUAAUUAUUUUAUAAAAUAUUUGAAUGUGUAUUCCGUUUCACGAUACAAAUGUCAUAUAGAUAUUUAGCAAUGUAAAAAAAUAUGUAUUACAGUGUCAAAAAUAAAUCAGAACUGUGUAAAUAGUAAAAAUAAUGAUGGAAACUUAAAUAAUAUAUACAGAUAUAUUAUAAUCAUUAUUUCAAAGUAAUAAAUCUUUAAAAAAUAUCAAUUUCUGGUUAAACGACCACUGUAUACAAGAUUAUUGGAUCCGCAGUCUAACUCUGGUAGUUAUUAGUUUCUCUCUUAGUUCGGCUAUCGUAAUCAAGUCUGAUUUAUGCAAUAUAUUAUCUUUAGGUUUCGUUUAAACCUCUCGACCUUUUUGUAAUACUGAUAGUGGUUUGAUUUGAGUAUCGAGCAAAGAAUAAACAAACAACUAGGCUAGGUAAAAUCUAUGUGCUACUCGGUUUAGGUUGUGCUUGCUUGACCGUCUCGAGGUCCCUGAAAGUUUGACACUGAAAGUAAUGUAUUAUUUGUGGAUACGUAUAAUGCCUUUGUAGUGCUAUUAAGGUGCAGAAGAGUGCUUUAACGUGAUAAUAAAAUAUCAUAUAUAUAUAUAUAUAUAUAUAUAUAUAUAUAUAUAUAUAUAUAUAUAUAUAUAUAUAUAUAUAUAUAUAUAAUAACGGUACCGUAGCGUGAUAAUAUGCGACAGGGGGGAGCGGGAGGUGGGGGGGGGGGGUUCUAUUCAGCAAUGCUAUUAUGUCACACUCAUCUGUAAAUUUUAAAAUGUUAAAUCAAUAUUAAUAUCAGACACCAACAAAGAAUGUACUUAAUAAAUCUAUUAAAAUGUUCAUUUGCAUCUCGUGUUUAGAAUAUUGAAUUAAUUGUACCAAACUGAAAACAUUAGCUUUAGAUAUAAAGACUGUGACGCUAUAGAAUUUACCCCCACAAUAUUAACGAAAUAUAUUACAAUUGAUUAACGGGAAUUUAAUGAACUUACUCCAUAUCCAACAAUUGUUUCGACACCAUCCAGAAGUCUCCAGGUCGAGUGCUGUGAUAACGACGCAGCGCUAAAUUUCCGUUAAUCAAUUAUUAUUCAGAAAUAUAAAUAUACAAAAUUAACAAGAAAAGUGUUUUAAAAUUUAGUAUCUAUAAUUAAUGUCUUAAAUUUUUUUUGUCACAUUAGAAAUCUAUUAGGUAUAAGACAUAUCUUUUUAAAAUUUCGUAGUGUUUUUGGUAUAGCAUUAUAUUGUUUAGCUUGUAAUGGUUUGUCAGUUCAAAAUAUUCAUAAAAUAUUAUAAUAUAUAGUAACAAUAGUGGUGCUGAUAUCAAUGCGCACAGUUAAUGUACAAGUAUAUAUAGGUCAUCGACGAUGAUGACCCACGUCGAUGAUGUAGGAAAUAGAAUUCUCAGUAUAGUCUUUCUACGGUCAAUACUAAAGCGGGAUCAAUAUUGUAUAACAAUGUUUGUGUUGUACAUUUUAUAGAUAUAGAUUAUGAAGCAGAUCCGAUGGAUAGAGAACAUUAUUGUAUGAUUUUAAAAUAAAUUUUGUGAAGCACA